GCUCGGAACACCUCAUAGAAAGAUGUCAACAGUUCAAUGGGGAGGACUGGCCCCACAUUCAGCACAUCCCCUCCAUUGUAAUCUAUUAAUCCGGCCAUGAUUGCUCGAGUGAAGUGGUCUUUAAAUCUUGAAUAUUUCUUGAAAAUGUCUGCAAAUAAGAUGGAAGAGGAAGAACAAUCGAAGAUGCUUCCAGAAGAGAUGAUAGUUGAGGUUUUAUUGAGGCUUCCUGCUAAAUCCGUUGGCCGAUUUCGUUGCGUCUCAAAUCGGUGGAGUUGUCUGCUAACCGAACCCCAAUUCAUCAAAUCCCACCUAAAUCGAAUUAAACAACACCCAACAACAGAGGAACCAAUAUUUUUUUGUUCCCCUGAUUCUGGCAUCUUCUAUUCUACCCAGUUGAACAAUGCCAUUGCCCACCACCUGUUCGACGAAAUGACUUGUUUUGCUGCAAGACUCACUUUUGAUGAUCAUCGCUUUUAUUCAUCACAUCGUCCAGAUGGUUCUUGUGAUGGUUUGAUCUUAAUGAAGAAUGAUCAUCUAAAUAAGUUGUUUCUGAUUAAUCCAAUAACAAGGGAGGUUAAGGAAUUGCCGAGUUUGUCUUAUGCUCCCGAAUCUCAUGUUAGUUGCAACACGUAUGGACUGGGGCAUGAUUCAAUUAAUGAUGAUUAUAAGGUGGUUAUGAUUUCUCAUAAUAUGAUUUCUCGUAAUAUGAUUAAACCUUAUUGUAUGUGUGUUGAUGUUUAUUCUGUUAGAAAUGGUACUUGGAAGAGAGUUGACAAUUCUUCUUAUGAUCUUAUUCUCGGUGAGGGUGAUCCGGGAUUUUUCAUUGAUGGGAGUAUCUAUUGGAUAGCUAGAAAGGCUUCGGAUGACUCAUAUGUUAUCUCAUAUAUAAUGUUAUUGCAACAUUUGAUUUUGGGGAAGAGAAGUUUGGCGAACUGCCAUUUCCGAGUUUGGUUGACAGUGAGAAGAAAUGUACCUGUAUGGACUGUUUAAUUGAUGAUGAAAAAGAACACUGUUAGAAUGGUGGCGCUUGAAGGGUAUCUUUGCGGGUUCGCUGAUAUCUUUGAGUCACUUGAUGCUUGGAUGAUGAAAGAAUAUGGCUUCCACGAAUGGACUAAAAUGUUUCUCACUCGUGUCUCUGAUCCAAUGUAUAGGCCUAUAUGUUUGCAAAUUGUGUUGGCCAUGCGUGAUGAAAAUACCAAAGAGAAAUUGACAAUCUACAAUUCAGAAGAUGGAACUUUAAAGGAUAUUGUAGUUGAUGGCAUUCCAGGUAAAUUUGUGGUUGGAGGGAGCUUCAUCGAGACCCUUGUCUCGCCUCAUUGCAAUAAUGGAGUUGUGUGACAACUGACAAGUUUAGGCUUCAGUUACUAACUUACUACUAAGUACUAAUAUAUAAGGGGGGAAAUAUCAGCUUAGUAAUAUGAUGCAUACUUGUUGCUUAUUUUUGCAAAGUUUCAGAAACUUGUAGUAAUGUUUUCGAAUUUCCUUUGAUGAUUUUUUGUUUGGUUUAAACCUUGCCAUGAGAUUGUGAUACUGGGCAAGUGCUGAUAAAUUUGUUUUAUAUUCUUCAUAUUAAUGUAGUCAUGCUAGUAAUUUGGUUUGGUUCUCAGUAAGAAUGUUAUGGUAUAAGAAUAAG